AUGAGUGACCUUGACCGUGCGAUCGAGCAGCUGCGGGCUUGCCGACUCAUACCCGAAUCACAAGUCCGCGAACUCUGCUACAAGGCUCGCGAGCUCUUGAUUGAAGAAGGCAAUGUCGUUUCUGUCGAUGCGCCAGUCACAAUUUGCGGCGAUAUUCACGGCCAAUUCCACGACUUAAUGGAGCUAUUCCGCGUGGGCGGCGAUGUUCCAGACACUAACUACCUAUUCAUGGGCGACUUUGUCGAUCGCGGCUUUUACUCACUUGAAUCCUUCCUCCUCCUCCUCUGCCUCAAAGUUCGAUAUCCUGAUCGCAUGACCCUAAUUCGUGGUAAUCACGAAUCGCGACAGAUCACAACCGUCUAUGGAUUCUACGAUGAAUGUAUCCGCAAGUACGGCAGCGCCAACGUCUGGCGGUAUUGCUGUGAAGUCUUCGACUAUCUCGCUCUGGGCGCGAUAGUCUUGGGCGCAAGCUCAGAACUCGAACCGACUACAGCUUCCGCGAACGACACAACACAAUCCACCAUGCCAAUAGAUGAUACCGAGCUAGAGACCGAGGUGCUGAACUCGCGCGGCGAAGUCACUAUGAGCACUUACCGUCCGCGACAGCGUUCUUCUUCCGACGCUUCCACCGACUCGCGAAACAUCUCCCCGCCGCGGGAUAUAUCCGCCACCCCUGGUCAACUAGGCGCGCCCACGAGAUCAGGCGCACCUGGUACAGGUGCCGGUGGGGACAGCAACGGCAGCGCGCCUGGGAGUCGCACGGGCGCUGUUCUCUGUGUGCACGGUGGUCUUUCACCAUUAAUUGAUUCAGUCGAUAAGAUUCGACUGAUCGAUCGCAAACAAGAAGUUCCCCACGAGGGAGCCAUGUGCGAUCUGCUCUGGUCAGACCCAGACGAAAUCGAAGGUUGGGGCUUGAGCCCGCGAGGUGCAGGUUUCCUCUUUGGCGGUGAUAUCGUCAAACAAUUCAACCACCUAAAUGGCUUAUCACUUGUUGCACGUGCCCAUCAACUUGUCAUGGAGGGUUACAAAGAGAUGUUCGACGGCGGUAUCGUUACAGUGUGGUCUGCUCCAAAUUAUUGUUACCGGUGCGGGAAUGUUGCUGCUAUCUUAGAGCUAGGCGAGGAUACAAGCAGUGGCGGCACUGUGGCCCGCAGUAAUGGAGAAUAUGGACGCAGCAACGGCGUCAUGGGAGCGGAUUCACUGAGCACCGUUGUCAGUCCCGGCCGACGAUACCGCGUGUUUGAGGCUGCGGCGCAGGAUACUAGGGGUAUGCCUGCGAAGAAGCCCGUCGCCGAUUAUUUCUUGUGA